AUGCUUACACAAGUGACAGAGAAAGGUCAAGACCAUACUACAUUACAGUUCACUGAAGCUGAGUCAGAGGAGCAUGCUCUGUCUAUUGAGCCGUUACAGGCCCUUCACCCUGUCUAUCCAGUCCAUAUGUCAAAACCUAUACCGAGUUAUGGACGAGGCAACAUGACAGAACUUCUUCAGGCCGUGCAGGAGAAUGUGAGAGAGACCCAUUUUUCUCAAGGACAGUGA